AGGCCGGGGCCUGAGAGCGAGCGAGCGAGCGAGCGAACGAGAGCGGAGCGCCAGCGCCCCCUCUCUUCCCCGGACUCCUCGCCCGCAGCCCCCGAGGAGGCUCCUGCGCCGCCCGCGACGGAGGAGAAGGAGGAGGAGGCGGGCAGCAGAGGCGGCGGCGGGAGCGCCGCGUCAAUUGAGGCCGGGGAUCGAGCGCGGCCUACGGCGGGGCCUGGCCCGCCCCCUUUGCCGAGCCCGGCCCGGCGAGGCCCUUUCCGCCGCGCUUCCUCCGUUACGCGUCCCGGCGGCGAUCGGUCCGAUACGGCGGGGAAGUUAGAAUGGAACAGACUGACGGCCCUAUGAGAAAAAGGGAAAGCUAAGGAUGCUGGAGCAGAACAAUGGAUUUCUCCUUCUCUUUCAUGCAAGGGAUCAUGGGAAACACAAUUCAGCAACCACCUCAACUCAUUGACUCGGCUAACAACCGCCAAGAGGAUGCUUUUGAUGCCAGCAGUGACAUCACUGAAGAUGGUAGUCAGACGCCAUAUGAAGCUGCUCUUGCCUUGCAGCAAGGUUUUCAGUAUCCUACGCCAACAACGGAGGAUCUUCCACCCCUCAUUAAUGGAUUUCCACCAAUUGGCAUGUAUGAACCCCAAGCCAAAUAUCAGCCAUAUAGUCAGUAUCCUAAUGGUUCAGCCAAUGGCUUUGGCACUGUUAGAAACUUUAGUCCACCAGAGUAUUACCACAUGGAGAACUCUAGCAUAAGGCCACAUGAAAAUCUGGAAAAACCAUCUCCUCCACAGCAGCCACCUCCUUCAGUAUCCCAAACGGUGAUUCCAAAGAAGACUGGUUCACCAGAAAUCAAAUUAAAAAUAACCAAAACUAUCCAGAACGGCAGGGAAUUGUUUGAGUCCUCUCUGUGUGGGGACCUUUUAAAUGAAGUACAAGGAAGUGAGUAUGCGAAGUCAAAACAUGAAGGGAGAAAAGAGAAAAGGAAAAAAAGUAGCAAGCAUGACUCUUCCCACUCAGAAGAGCGCAAAUCACAUAAAAUUCCAAAACUGGAGCAAGAGGAACAAAAUAGACCAAAUGAAAGGCUGAGCACACUGUCUGAAAGACCAAGGGAAGAAACUAAGCUGAUGGAUGAAACCCUGGUCCAGCAAAUCUCUCCUCCUCUUCCAACACAAGUAGCAAGCGAUAUCAAGUUUGAGGUUGGAGAUCUGGUCUGGUCCAAAGUGGGAACAUAUCCUUGGUGGCCUUGCAUGGUUUCAAGUGAUCCACAACUUGAGGUUCAUACCAAAAUUAACACAAGAGGUGCACGGGAAUAUCAUGUCCAGUUCUUUAGCAACCAGCCUGAGAGAGCAUGGGUGCAUGAGAAGCGGGUGCGAGAGUACAAAGGACGUAAACAGUACGAUCAGUUGGUGGCAGAGGCUGCUAAGCAAGCCAACCACUCUGAAAAACAGAAGAUUCGCAAACCAAGGCCACAGAGAGAACGUGCACAAUGGGAUAUUGGCAUUGCUCAUGCUGAGGAAGCACUGAAAAUGACUCGAGAAGAGAGGACGGAGCAAUAUACCUUCAUCUAUAUAGAUAAAGAGCCAGAAGAGGCUUUGUCAAAAGCCAAGAGGACUGGUGCGCCGAAGACAGAGGUGAAGAAAACCCGUAGGUCUAAACCAUCGCCUAAUGCACAGCCAGAACACACCAGUGAGGUGUUGGCCGUGUCCUCUCCAUCCAAUACUGAAGUCCAGAGGAAUAGUCAGAGAAGGCAGUCAAGUGUGGAUGAAGAGCCCCCUCCUGUUAAAAUAGCAUGGAAAACGGCUGCAGCCAGAAAAUCCUUGCCAGCAUCCAUCACCAUGCACCAGGGAACUUUGGACCUUCAGAAAUGUAAUAUGUCUCCAGUUGUUAAAAUUGAACAAGUGUUUGCUCUACAGAAUGCUGCUGGGAAUGGAAAGUUCAUUGAUCAGUUUGUUUACUCUACCAAGGGUAUAGGAAACAAACCUGAAAUAAUCAUCAAGGGGCAAGACAAACUCACUUCUGUCUCAAACCAGCGAAAUGAAAGAGCCUCCUCACAAAGUGCACCCUCUCCUGAAACAUCUUCUGGGUUGGCAAGUUCUGUAGAAAAGAAGCAACAGAGAAGAUCAAUACGAACUCGCUCAGAGUCUGAGAAAUCCACUGAAGUUGUGCCAAAGAAGAAGAUCAAAAAGGAGCAGGUGGAAACAGUCCCACAGACAACAGUGAAGACUGGAUUACAGAAAGUUAAUGCAGUGAACAUAAGAGCCCACCUGGAUCAGACCAGAAGCCCAUCUAAAAUUCCCACAGCAACUGAUAUUCAGAGACAUCCUACCUCUGAUGUUGGAGGUGCCAGUGAGAUUUCAGAUUCUUGUAAGCCUCUAAAGAAAAGGAGUCGUGCCUCAACAGAUGUAGAACUGACUAGCUCAGCAUACAGAGAUACAUCUGACUCUGAUUCGAGAGGUCUUAAUGAUCCACAGGGUAGCUUUGGAAAACAGUCAGACAGCCCUUCAGCUGCAGCAGAUGCUGAUGCUUCUGAUGUACAAUCCGUGGACUCAAGUUUAUCAAGAAGAGGUUCUGGGACAAGUAAGAGAGACACAAUAUGUCAGAUUUGUGAAAGUUCUGGUGAAUCUCUGGUGUCCUGUGAAGGAGAAUGCUGCAGGGUCUUCCAUACAGAAUGCCUAGGAUUGAGCUCACAGCCUGAUGGGAAGUUCAUCUGCCUGGAGUGCAAAAAUGGACAGCAUACGUGCUUUUCCUGCAAGCUGCCUGGCAAAGACGUGAAACGCUGCUCUGUCAAUGCCUGUGGCAAAUUUUAUCACGAGGUCUGCAUCCGCAAGUUUGCUACGGCUGUUUUUGAGUCCCGAGGAUUCCGUUGCCCCCAACACUGCUGUACUGCCUGCUCCAUGGAGAAGGAUAUUCAUAAAGCGAGCAAAGGUCGCAUGGUGAGAUGUUUGAGAUGCCCUAUUGCCUAUCACUCGGGAGAUGGCUGUAUUGCUGCAGGAAGUUUGUUUGUGUCAUCCCACAUUCUCAUCUGUAGUAACCAUUCCAAAAGGAGCAAUCACUCUUCAUCAGCUGUAAAUGUAGGCUUUUGUUUCGUUUGUGCAAGAGGGCUGAUAGUGCAGGAUCAUUCAGACCCCCUGUUCAGUUCAUAUGCCAAUAAGUCCCACUACCUACUGAAUGAAUCAAAUCGUGCUGAGUUGAUGAAAUUACCUAUGAUUCCUCCUUCUUCGUCAGCUUCCAAAAAGAAAUGUGAGAAAGGUGGGAAGCUGUUGUGCUGUGAAUCAUGUCCAGCAUCCUUCCACCCGGAAUGUCUCAACAUCGAGAUGCCAGAGGGCUCCUGGAACUGCAAUGACUGCAAAGUGGGCAAGAAGCUACGGUACAAGCAGAUUGUUUGGGUCAAGCUGGGAAACUACAGGUGGUGGCCAGCUGAGAUCUGCAACCCCAGGUCUGUUCCUCUCAACAUUCAGGGCCUCAAACAUGAUAUCGGGGACUUUCCAGUAUUUUUCUUUGGUUCACAUGACUACUAUUGGGUACAUCAGGGCAGAGUAUUCCCUUAUGUUGAAGGAGACAAAAGCUUUGCUGAGGGGCAAACUAAUAUUAACAAGACCUUCAAGAAAGCACUUGAAGAAGCAGCAAAACGCUUCCAGGAACUGAAAGCACAAAGAGAAAGCAAAGAAGCACUUGAAAUUGAAAGGAACUCAAGAAAGCCACCUCCAUACAAACAUAUUAAGUCCAACAAAGUAGUAGGGAAAGUUCAGAUCCAAGUUGCAGACUUGUCAGAAAUCCCUCGAUGUAACUGUAAGCCAACUGACGAAAACCCUUGUGGCCUGGAGUCAGAGUGUCUGAAUCGAAUGCUGCAGUAUGAAUGCCACCCCCAGGUUUGCCCUGCAGGAGAGCGCUGCCAGAACCAGUGCUUCACCAAAAGACUCUACCCAGAAGCAGAAAUUAUAAAAACGGACCGGCGCGGCUGGGGUCUGAGGACAAAACGCAGCAUUAAGAAGGGUGAAUUUGUCAACGAGUAUGUUGGUGAGCUAAUUGAUGAGGAAGAAUGCAGAUUGCGAAUCAAACGAGCACAUGAGAACAGUGUGACCAAUUUUUAUAUGUUAACUGUUACAAAGGACCGUAUAAUAGAUGCUGGCCCCAAGGGAAAUUACUCUCGCUUUAUGAACCACAGCUGCAACCCCAACUGUGAAACUCAGAAAUGGACAGUGAGUGGAGAUGUCCGAGUUGGGCUCUUCGCUCUCUGUGAUAUUCCUGCAGGGAUGGAAUUAACGUUUAACUAUAAUUUGGAUUGCCUGGGGAAUGGCAGGACAGAAUGCCACUGUGGAGCAGAUAACUGCAGUGGAUUCCUAGGAGUGCGGCCAAAGACGGCGUGUGCAACAGCAAAUGAAGAGAAAGCAAAGAAUGCAAAAUUAAAACAGAAGAAGCGGAAGAUAAAAACAGAGCAGAAGCAGAUGCAUGAGGACAACUGUUUCCAGUGUGGAGAUGGAGGUGAAUUGGUCAUGUGUGACAAAAAAGACUGUCCCAAAGCAUACCACCUCCUCUGCCUUAACUUGACACAGCCACCCUUUGGAAAAUGGGAAUGUCCGUGGCACCAGUGUGACAUCUGCAGCAGCCCUGCCUCUUCGUUCUGUGAGUUCUGCCCCCAUUCUUAUUGCAAGGAUCAUGAAAAAGGGGCCCUUGUGGCCUCUGGCUUGGAUGGGCGUCCGUGCUGCUCUGAACACAACCCCAAGGCUCCUGUGGCACCAGAGUAUUGGAGCAAGAUCAAACGCCGAUUGGAACAGCAGAAUCCUGAGGAAGAUUCGAAGGAAUAAACUUUCCUUUCCUUAAAACAAGAACCCACCUUGCCCCCCGCCCCACUGAGUGGCACAUUAUUGUGAAUUUGGAUAAAGUGCCAUGGCAUCCUCUCUUUUUGUCUUUGGGGUGGCUUCCCUGGAACUCAGACAGGGGCCACCUGAGUCUGUGUGGCCGUUGGCAGCCUGCAGCACCUGCGCUCCGAUCCAUUUGCCCUUGAGAAACGGGAUGAAGUGUCUUGGCAACCUUUUGUUGUUAGACGAGGAAGCCUUUCCGACAUUUUUGUGGGGGGAGAGGCAUCAUGUUUAAAGUAUCUUCUCUGAGUGUGGAAACCAAACAUAGCAAAAUAUUUAUUUAUUUAAAUUUUAAUGGACUUUGAGGAUUUUGCGUCCUACUACGGUCAGUGUGUCUAAAAGGAGUAGCAACACCAGCCUGGUAUCUAUGGAUGUAUCUGUAGGGUUAUUUUCCUGUCUAGUUUUAGAAACAUGAGAAAAAGCCUCUGCACACCAAUAGCCUUUUAGAUAAAUCUUAUUAGGGGCUGGAGCAAGAGCCUAUCGUGGCAGCUGGCAAGUGACAUGGCCUCAUUCCAGUACGUUCACCAUGACGAAAAGUUUUGAGAUGAGGGCUGGUUUAUGUCACUUUAACUGAAUGAAGAGUGAUCAUACUAGAGGUUCUCCCACAGCAAACUAGUUGUGAUCUGCUUACUCUUGAAGUGCAUUCUGUUUGAAACUACAUUUUCAGAAAAUGGUGAAACUGUAGACUUCUUACAUGCCGUGUUUGAAACCCCACUUCAUUUUGAAAGUGCUUGGGGAGCAGCUGCUUCUGAAAGAUUGCGUCCACAAUAAUUCACUUUAGAUAAUGGGAAAUAGCUUGAGGUACCUGGGGGCAUCUGGUGUCUUGUCCACCAUUCAGUUUAAUUAAGCAUAAGUCACUUUUCUACCGUGAAAAGAAUGAUUAAACAGUGCUUUCCUUGCUUGUUGUAAGUCUUGCCAUAGUGCAGGGUGCAAAGUAAAAAUCUACUGCCUUCAGAGUUUGCACUCCCAGGUUCUGCCCUAACUGGGCUCCACUAAACUCUUGUUUUAUGGGCCACGUGUUGUGCAGGAUUUGCCACCUGGCCCUCCGAGGUCUCUGCUGGUUUAGCCCCUGAUUAUGCUUUCCCUUUCAAAUUUGAGAGGCAGAAUUUGGCCUUCAGUGUGCAUUUUUAAUGUCCAAUCCAUGCUUGCUCUGUGGCAUGCUUGCCAAUAUCUGAUAGGUUCAUUUCCUUGGUCCAGGCUCCUCCUACUUUCUGAGGACCUAGGAUACUGUGAGUUUUGGUUAUUUGUUCUGGGGCUCUAUAGCUGAUUUUGGUGUGUGGCUUGGUCGUACGAAAUCUCUUGAUUAAAUAAAAACCUGAAUGUCUUUAAAAGUACGUUCUUUAACUGUACAGGGUAUAAAAUGGCCCAUGGUGAUACCAUCAGUCUAACAAAAGCAAUGUUUGUAUCCCAGAAGGGAUCAUGUUUGUUAAUAGCUCUUCGCAAAGCAACAGUACAGUAGCCAAUUUUACCAACUUUCUCCCAAUGAGUGCUCUCUAAAUGUGUCCAGAGACACUUACUGUAAUUAUAACCAUGCAUUGAUUUAUGUGGAAAAGUUCAACUUCAGAUAUAGACUGGUCAGUACCAGAAAAGAAGACAGUAGGCUGUUUCCUGGCUCAGCUUUUUCAAUAGGCUUCCUCCCAUCAGCCACCCCCUGCUGCUUUUAAAAUGCUUCUAAUUUAAGAGAAAAUGCAACUUACUUUCCUCCUUUUGUACAGGCAAACACACUACAUUUCUGCAAAGCGUAUGAAUUGUACUUUAGCUUCAGUAUUUUGCAGAGUCUUUCUGCAACUCCCAUUGCAGAACAGGUUCCAUUGCCUCUUCCUGCUCUGCUUGUGGGCCAGUUGAGUGGUAUAGAGCUCUAAAGGAAGUUGCCACACACUUGACCAAACUAAGGGGCAAUAUUAAAGGCAAAAUUUAAAACACUACACUUUGUUUUUUUGUGUACUAGAUUUUAAUUUUCUGAAUAUGUUGUUUGGCAACAUGUUGGUAUUUUGAAGGAGGAGUGGGAAGAAAUCCUCUGGGGGAGAAUUUUGUCCCCAUCUAAAAUUGCAGGCUCAGAGCUUGCCUUCCCACAAGAUGGUAGAGCCGCUCUGCCUGCCCACUACACAAAGCUGGUGGGCACAGAAUGGUGCAAGCACUCUCCGCUCAGACUGCUGUAUCUUCUCUUCCCUACACUCCUUUGUCACUUGAUGGAGUGGGAGGCGCUAGAUGGUGCUCAGUUCUCCUGUGGCAGAGUUUGGAUAGAUCAAAUAGCCAGUCCCCAAAGGCUUAACUAUUCCUGGCAACAGAUGCCAUUCAGGUAGUGAUGGGUUUUGAAAUGUACAUAGCUACUAAGUUAACCGUGGACAGUGUUGGCUUUUAGCCACCCUGCCCUACAAGGUCAGCACCCAAGGAAAAUAUCUCAUUGAACCAGUGGUCAAGCCAACCCUCUCUGUGGAAUAAAUAGGAAUUCCAUUGUCAGGUCACUUAGCAGCUUAAAUUAUUGUAUGCACUGAAAUGCGUAUAGAAGAGGAAAAGGCAUUGUAUUUGGAUGGAACCUUUUGGUGUGCUGGAAAAGUGGCUUUUGAACCCCACAGGUUCUUCAUAAGGUUAAAAUGUUUCACAUCUUAACAGGGGAGACUAUGAGUGUUCUUUUAAUUUUUUAUUAUACAUCAUUAUUUAACUUUUUAGCACUUGGUUUUUUAAAAAUAAUACUGAAAAACAGCAAGGAGCCUUCUUUUAAAAAUGCAGAGCUACAAUAAUGUGACAUUUUAAACAAGUUUUAUAACAAAUACUAAUCAUGGACUAAUAAGUGUUUCCAUAUAAGCAAGUCAGUCUUAAUAUCCUUGUGGACUUUAUUUUUCUUGGUUUCUAAAUAUUUUGUCACCUUGUCACUGUAAAAUGAGCAGUUUAAGCAGUGCCAUUUAUUGGAAGAUGGGGUUGCACCAGUUGACAGCCUUUAUUUGGAUUGGUAAACAGGCAUUCCUCUCCCCUGUGCAUGCUUGCCUUAAGCAGAGAGGUGGACUAAGCACUCCUCCUUUAUCUCUUGCCCUGCUUUUCCCCACUUCUGCCUAACGACUUAAAAUGAAGGCUUGAAGAUUUUCCUCAGGCAGUUAGUGGAAAGGGCUAGAACAAUGCCUGGCCAAUACAGUAGGCCACGGUGGUCCUGCCUCAUUUCGGUUGCAAUCUUAUACGCACUUAUCUGAGAGUGAACCCCUAUUGAGCACAGUGGGACCUACUUCUGAGUAAACUUGCUUAGGCUUGUUCUGUGAAUUCAGUGGAAUUCAAUUUUGUGUGUAAUUGCUUUAGACUCUGUUUGCACAAAUGAUGAUCUGGCUGUGUGUAGAACAUGUUAAGGUUUGCUUUACUCCAUAGAUUGGAGUAUUUGCUGGCUUGCUCCACUAUAAUACUGCAGGUUUCUGUUCUUUUUACCUUGCCCAUUGGAAUGAAAGAAUGGACACAUUCAGCUCAGGAACGCUGCCUGUAGAGUAAGGAAGUAUUCUGGUUGAAUUGUCACCAUGACAUUCACCAGAGAUUCAGGGUUGCUUUUCACAUCACAGUCUUAAUAACACAGGUGCACUGCCACAAGAAACACUUUUUUUGUCUGCAAGCACAUCAAAAGCUAUAGCAAUAUGUGAUUCCAUCUCCAAAAAGACCAGUACACGAUAAAGGCCGCCGUUUUGAUGCUGUUCCCGAGAGGUCAGCCAGAUGUGGCAUGAUGCAGAUUCUCUUGUCCAAAGUGGAGUCCUGUCUGUGGACACCUACUAGGGAAAUGCAGUCGACUGGGAUGCCCCCUGCAUUUUCCCUGCAUCAGAUGUCACUCUGCUCACAGCACGUGCAAGCAAUGGACAGAUAGGGAACACCAUGCGAGGUAGCACUUCAAAACUACACGAAUAAUUUGGGUUACAUUUUAAGGAAAGGCAAAGCGUCUUCUCUUGGGAACGUCCACCUGCCCUAUCAUCUUUGCAAUACUUUUCCAUUUAUCUCUCGAGAUGGGUGUGAUUUGCAGCUGCAUUAUGCAGACAUACAGUCAUACAUGUCUGCCGCUGUUCACGGACAAGGGUUUGUACGUACUAUAGAGUGGUGCUUUUGGUUUGUUUUUACAUACAAGUAUGCACUUCUCACAUUGUGUUUUAGCAGCCCUCAGGUGUGCAUCUGUGUUACAUAGAUUGCUAUGUGAGAAACAGCCCUUUAGAACUUGUAUUAACAUGAAGUAAAAAGGGAAUUGGGUAUUUCAUUGGUCUUUUUUGCUUGGACUCUUUGCCUCCAACAUAUACAGGUGGUGUUGGGAAGAUGUAAUUACUAGAGUAUCAUUGACAAUGACCUUCUAACCAUAGUUGACUGUAUAUACUGAGAAGUUAUGGGUUGGGUGUUUUUUGGGGGGGGGGGUCUGCCGCUGGUACGAAUUUAGUCACUUUAACAUUGGAACUUCUGCCUCAUUGAAUUCAGGGUUUAAUGUACUUGAAGCUGUUCCCAUUCUUACUUUACAGCUUGUGUUAUAUUUAUGUAUUUUAUAUGGUAUUGUGAAAGUCUCUCUUUUUCCCACCUUAACACUGAAACUGACUUCUGCUUCAGUUCCUUGGUCACGAGGCAAACAGAAAGGACUUGAAAAGUGUCUCCUUUUCCUGUGCUCUUAAGAAAAAAGGACAGUUGUACAAGACAUCAGCAUUAUGACUUUAAAAAAUAUUUACUUUUCCACAAUCAGUUAGUCUUCUUUCUCUUGCCCCCUUCAUGCAUUUCAGGAAAGAUAUUUGCACUUAUCAAAACACUCCUGGGUGUGCUUUAGAUUGCUUUAGCGGGUAGAAUUGGGUAAAUCAGCAUUUGUUGUAUGACAAGCUGCGGUGCAGAUGCAGUUGGGUGAGGGGUCCCCUCCCUGGACUUUGGUGAGAAAGAAAUGAAGUUUCUUUGCAACUGUGUUUUCAUGCAGAAGUCCAGGGGUGGCAAGCUCUGUUGCUGUGUGCUUGCCAUAUCUGCCAGUGGGAUUGGUGCAGAAACCAUACAAGCUUCAUGGAGAGGAGUGCAGAAUGCUCAGGAGCAGAGCUUGGUGGGUUACAUCCUUUCCCCCCACGUGUUAACUUCAUUUCAGUUAAAAGAAAAACACUGCCACUUUGCCAAAGCUGUUCCUCCAUUCACAGCUUCCCAUUAGUGAUGCUAUUGGCAGUUGUGCAGAGGAACCAGUGUAGUGGUGGUUUUGGAAGUCUGCUUUUGGAAAUUAAUAAAAUCAGUGUGUUGAAUCCUCUCCCAAACACCUGUCCUCUCCCCCCAAGUGGACAUCCGAAUGAAUUAUUUUUCAAUAAGAACUGGAGAAAAUAUUAUAUUUGUUUAUUCAUUCAUAUUGAUCUGUGUCUAGCCUGUGUCAUCACCCCUCCCAUUUUAAAAACAACAACAAAUAAUUUGUGUUGCCGUUGAAAACCAUGAUGGUAAAAUAGCUAUUAUGACUGGCUAGUAACAAGACUGUGUCUUUUUAUUGUUUAUAAGGGUAUGUGCUUAUUCUGACAUUGCUGUAUGAAAAGACAAAAAUCCAUUUGUACCCACACAUGUGAUAUUGCACAAUGGGCACCAGUACCAACAAUUUGUCUCCAUUCCUGUGUACUCUAUCUGUAACAAUGAAUUUGUAGAAUUGUUAUUUCUGUAGACCUUGUUACUACGUACCAACCUUUGUAGAUUCUGUGAAAUGUUAUUUUAACAAAAAUCACCAGAGUCUUUAAUAGCAAAAUCAUUGUUAUUCACUUUAAAGUCAAUAUAUUAGAGGAGUUUCUCAAACCCAAAUAGAAGCUCUCAACACUUUUAAAGUCGUGUUAUUUUUUCCCUGGGGAUGUUCCAUGGGGACAUUACUGUAUUAUGACUUGAUGUUGCUGCGUAGAUUUUGAGACUUAAACAACAUUUUGGAGGGUUUUGUUGUUUGGCCUAUGUUCUCUUGCAUAGUGUGAAAUCUAUGGAGCUUGGUUAACCUGUAUAUAGAUAGCUCAUUGUUUAUUAGUCAUAGUGUAUCUAGGAUUGCCUGUAAUAUUUUAGCUUCUUACUGAAUGUGAGUGAUGGUAGGAACAUAUAAUUUUUGUACAUUAUAUUAACGGAAAUGUUGCCUUUUUAUUUUACAAAUACUUUGGAAUUCAGAUGUGGUUUUGCUUCUGUGAAAAUUAAUUUGGAAAGGUUUUUAAAAUGACAUUCCACUGAUUAAAUCUUUGCUUGAGGUUGACUUCAAUAAAUUGUUCUGAAUGUUCCAAUUAA